AUGUACGUGAUGUGUACACCAGAGCAAAGUGAAGCAGAAUUGAAUUACCUUGUGGAAAUACAGAAAGGAACAUUCGAGUCGUUUGGGCUUCAUUGCAGGCAAAUGGAGAUGCCAACAGAAGAACUGGGAGCACCAGCAGCUCGUAAGAUUGACAUAGAGGCAUGGAUGCCAGGACGGAAGAUCUACGGCGAAGUCUCAUCCGCUAGUAAUUGUACGGAUUACCAAGCAAGGAGGCUGGGAAUCAAGUACAAGACGAAAGAGGGUGAGACGAAAUUUGUACACACUUGUAAUGGCACUGCAGUAGCGUCAACGCGAACGUUGAUAAGCAUUCUUGAAACGUUUCAGACGGAACGGAAGGGCCUCGAGGAGCUACCAGAAGUGAUAAGAAAGCGUCUGAAGACUCAACGACCGCCGCCACUUAAAUUUCAGCAAGCUAAGCCUUUGUCUUAG